GCCCAUCGUCUGGACGUCAGGGAAGGGCGGGUCGGUGUGCUAGUGCGCUUGCGCGGCGUUCUGGCUCGUACCCCUGCAGCGGUGGAUAAUAACAGCAAGCCCCAUCAUGUUGCUGUGCAGUGUCAAUGCAGCUGCAAGGAGAGCUUCGUGCUGCCCAAUGGGGGAGCUGCCAUAUUAACAGGGGGACCAUAGGCGUGCAGAGUGUGUCGAUUAAGGAACAUAUUACUGGAACUUCUAGCCAAGGAUUUGCACUGGAUUCCUAGCAGCCAUCUCCCGGAAAGCCUGCACCGUGCCCUCGCCUCCCUCCCUUUCCUCUACUGCAUGGAUAUGUCUUUGGUGGCAGUGAAGAUGUGCUGUUUAUUUGGUUUGGACGUUUUGUUAUGAGGACAACUAUUGGCUAAGGCUGGAUUAAUAUUUUCUUACCUGAAGCAGCAUGGCAGGUUUCAAGCGUGGAUAUGAUGGGAAAAUAGCUGGACUUUACGAUCUUGAUAAAACCUUGGGCAGAGGACACUUUGCUGUGGUCAAGCUUGCCCGCCAUGUCUUCACUGGUGAGAAGGUAGCCGUUAAAGUCAUUGACAAGACCAAAUUAGACUCUUUGGCGACAGGACACCUUUUCCAAGAAGUUCGAUGUAUGAAGCUCGUACAGCACCCAAACAUAGUCCGUCUGUAUGAAGUCAUCGAUACACAGACCAAAUUAUAUCUCAUUCUGGAACUUGGCGAUGGAGGUGAUAUGUUUGACUACAUAAUGAAGCACGAAGAUGGUCUUAGUGAGGAUCUGGCCAAGAAGUACUUUGCACAAAUAGUUCACGCAAUAUCAUACUGCCACAAGCUUCACGUGGUGCACAGGGAUCUAAAGCCGGAGAAUGUGGUCUUCUUCGAAAAGCAGGGGCUUGUAAAAUUAACAGAUUUUGGCUUCAGUAACAAGUUCCAGCCUGGGAAAAAGCUUACAACAAGCUGUGGAUCAUUGGCUUAUUCUGCUCCAGAGAUAUUGCUGGGAGAUGAAUAUGAUGCUCCUGCAGUGGAUAUUUGGAGUCUUGGAGUAAUCCUUUUCAUGUUGGUAUGUGGAACUCCACCAUUCCAAGAAGCCAACGACAGUGAAACACUGACCAUGAUAAUGGAUUGCAAAUAUACAGUCCCUAAACACGUAUCGAAACACUGCAAAGAUCUUAUCCCUCGCAUGCUGCAGAGGGAUCCAAAACGAAGGGCAUCUUUGGAAGAGAUUGAAAACCAUCCCUGGCUGCAAGGAGUUGAUCCAUCUCCAGCCACAAAAUAUAACAUCCCUCUGGUUUCCUACAAAAACCUGUCCGAAGAAGAGCAUAACAGCAUCAUACAGAGAAUGGUCCUGGGCGACAUUGCUGACAGAGAUGCAAUUGUUGAUGCUUUGGAAACAAACAAGUACAAUCAUAUUACAGCAACUUAUUUCCUGCUGGCUGAGAGAAUUCUGCGGGAGAAACAACAGAAAGAGACACAGAUGAGAUCAGCCAGUCCCAGUAACAUCAAGGCUCAGUUCAGGCAGUCUUGGCCAACAAAGCUUGAUGUACCACAGGACUUGGUAGAUGAUUUAACUGCUUCCCCUAUAGCACAUGUUGCUGUCCAACCGACUCCAGCUCGGAGUACAGAGAAUGUGUUGAAUGGCCACAGAAACAAAGGCUUUAUGGAGCCUCUAAAGAAAGAGGAUGUCCCUGAUUUCUCUAGUCCUGAUGUUUCUGGCCUGUCUCCUGUGAACCUGAAUCCAACAACAAGUGGCAAGAAAUGUCUCUUUAGGGUAGAGGAGGAUGAAGAGGAAGAGGAAGAAGAUAAGAAACCUAUUGCUCUCUCUACACAAGUUGUCCUUCGACGCAAACCUUCUGUUACAAACCGCCUUACCUCCAGGAAAAGUGCUCCAGUGCUGAACCAGAUCUUUGAGGAAGGAGAAUCAGAUGACGAGUUUGAUAUGGAUGAAAAUCUUCCCCCUAAACUGAGCAGAUUAAAAAUGAACAUUGCAUCUCCAGGCACUGUUCACAAGAGAUAUAAUCGAAGGAAAAGCCAAGGGCGUGGAUCAAGUUGCAGUAGCUCAGAAACUAGCGAUGAUGAUUCCGAGAGCAGACGCAGGCUGGAUAAAGAUAGUGGAUUUACCUAUUCCUGGCAUAGACGCGAUAGCAGUGAAGGGCCCCCAGGCAAUCAAGGUGAUGGUGGGGGGCAAAGUAAACCAAGCAAUGGAAGCACUGGCGUUGACAAAACAAACCCAAGCGAUAACAAAGGAGGUGGCAGUCCCUCUAACACAUCAAGUGGAAACAACAACAACCAGUCUGGAAACACUCGCAACUGCACUGGAUCUGCAAACUCUGUACAGCAAUCGCCCAGAAGUGCUGGAGAGUUGGUGGAAAGUUUAAAACUAAUGAGCCUCUGUUUGGGCACGCAGCUACAUAACGGGGCUAAGUAUAUAAUUGACUCUCAAAAUAAUCUCUCUUUUUCUAGUGUUAAAGUCCAGGAGAAAUCCAGUUGGAAAAUGUGCGUCGGCUCGAACGGCAUCGCCAGUAAAAUCGCACCGGCUGGAAGUGUAAAAUUAUUCUCUGACCAAAUGUCAGACACCGUUAAAGACAAAGAACUUUUAAAGAACAAAAACUUUAAAAAUAAUGUGUUACAGCUACCUCUUUGUGAAAAAACAAUAUCUGUGAAUAUCCAGCGAACUCCCAGGGAGGGACUUCUAUGUACUGCUAGUCAGACCAGCUGUUGCCAUGUCAUUUAAUGCUGGCUUGACACCAUUAACAACAUCUUAAUGGCUGUGAAUACUUACUUUGUGUUUAUUCCAUUUUGUUGUCUUGAGUUUUUCCACCCUCACCUUUCUUUUAAUUGAACUUUUUGGCAAUUAUUUAUUACCAUUUUAGUUUGUGUUUGCCAUAUAGGACAUUUUAUUUGUGCACGUGCUAGCAAAUAAUUCACUCAUCAGCUCAUCUAAGAUGUUUUAUUGUAUAGAUUCUGUGUUUUUAAUAUAAAAAAUGUAAAUCUGGCUUCUCCUUGAGCAUUACCUAGGGCAUAAUUUGUGAAGAGCACUUAGAAGUCUCAUGUUUAGCACUUACAAAGAGAAAGCCUUGUUGUUUUCUUACAUUCUCUUGAUUCCAGACCUGAGUUCUCUUAUUUUCAUGUCCCUAAGUGUGUCUGUGAUAGAACCAAAGCAAUAAUGUUUUUAUGUUGGCAUCAUCCCGAGAGGCUUGCUGAUAUCACAAGCUCUUCUCCGCAUUAGAUGCAGUGUUCCAGAGCAUCAUGUCCCAAAGCCAUCUUUAAGCUCGCCUAGAAUGCCUCCCAGUUUCUACGGUAGUGACAAUCCGUUCUGCCUUUGAUGUGUUUGUUACUUCUUUCGAUUUCAUUCUUUACAGAGAUCUGUCCCGCAAUGUAGUUAUCAACUUGUAAUUUUUUUUCUCCGUACAAUUCUAUUCCUUUUUCCUGUUGCCAGGUGCAGGUCAAACUGAACCACAUCUACCUGAGCUGUUUACAUUGUUGCUUUCCAGAUUCCUUAGUAUUUUAGGUGUAAUGAUCAAGUUCCACUUCUUUACAUUUGUACCAUAAUAAAGAAACAGUUUGCAUAUG